AUGGAGAUGGGCGCCGCGGAGACGCGAGACGGGGCGCGCCGGGCGGCGAUGCGAGCGAAACUCGGGGUGGCGGGAGAGACGAACCGUCGCGAAUUCCCAGACGAGGAGUCGUUUUCGAUUCGAUCGGAACGGUUCGCGCGCGACGCGGCGCUGGAUGAUACGCCGGAAUUCUUGCGUAGACCGGUGGAUGCGAUGGGAAGAAAGCGACCGACGAGUGAGGAGCAGGCGGUGCACAGACUGGGCGACGCGGCGAGCGCUUCGAGGUUUGAUCCGUCGAGCGUGAAGACGGACGAUCGGUCGAUGAGAGGAGCUUUUAGUCAACAGUUCUGGAAAAUUAAAUCCAAGCUCAUGGAUGCGGUGGUGAUGAUUCGACACGGAUCGUUUUAUAACAUGUUUGACGUCGAUGCGGACGCGGGGAUGGCGGUCGGACUGAGGCUCACGGGCGGGAACACUGGAUUUAUGCGAAAGGUUGGGUGUCGGGUUGAUUCGUUCGACGAGUGGGCGGCGCGCCUUCUCGCGAGCGGCCGAGCGGUGGCGAGAGUGGAACAGAUGGAAGAGGUGGCGAAACUCGGAUCAGUGAUCAAUCGUGAGUGUUGCGAGGUACUCACUCCUGCUCUCGAUCGUGGAUUGACGCGACACGAGGGAGCGAGCUUCUUCCUCGCCAUCGCGGAGGAUGAAUCGUCUUCAUGCCGAUUCGGUGCGUGCGCAUUGGAUGGUCAAUCAGGGACGGCCGCGCUCGGAUCAGUUAGCCUCGAAGAACUUUCCACGGUGCUAGUGCACUACGAACCUCGCGAGGUGGUGAUUUCGGAAUCUCUCGGCGAUGAAGCUCGGAGGAUACUCGUCGCGUACUCGAGGACGCGUGAAUCCGCGAACGUUCCGCUACGAUUGCUCGAGCGCGGAGGAGUGAAAUUGCCCACGAUUCGAGGCGCCGAUGUCUUACGCGCGAUUAAACACUUAAAUGAGGACGACGUUCCAAUUAGUGAUACUAUUCUUAAAGCGCCAGAGUUAGAGCUGCGUGCGGUGUUUUACGCCAUGCGUCAUCUCUCGUGGUGUGGCAUCGUCGAGGAUGUCUUCACUCGCGUGAGCUUCACGAACAUUGUCUCCUCGACGGAUUUGCAACCGUUAGAGGUGCGUUCUGACGAGAGACCAUCCGCGUUCACGCUCGCACGAGACCUCACGUUCAUGAAACUCGACGGCGAAGCGAUCAAGAGCUUACACGUACUGACGGGAGACACUGGAAAAAUCACUGGUUCGCUGUUUAAUUUUCUGAAUAACACGAUGACCACCGCCGGGCGCCGUCGCUUGCGCCAAUGGCUCCUUCGACCACUGCGAGACGUCCAAGCGAUUGAAGCUCGUCUGGACGUCGUUCAAGAGUUCUCAAGCGAUCAUUUCACUCUGCAAGCCCUUCGUGACGCCAUGAAGCGAUUGAAGUUUGAUCACGAAAGACUGUUCACGAAGGCGUCAAGGCUCAGCAUCAAGUGUUCAAAAGUGUACAACAUUGUUCGAUUCAACCAAUCGUUAACGCGAGACGCGGACGAAAUGGGACUGAAUGAGGUCGCACCGAAAGGGGCGCACUCGCUGGAAGACAUUUUAUUGGAUGCCGUCAACAUGCUGAGCUUCUGGAGCAUUUACAAACGAGAAUUAUUCCCGUUUUCGCAACUCCUCGAUGCGAUGUUGGAAAUUUGUGACGUCGUCUCCGUCCUCGGACCAGACUUGGCCGAACGUAAUUCGUCUAUAGCGUCCCUCUGUGACGAUUUAGAUGGCGCUCGGGAUUUUCUCAGGCAGUUGCGGUCUUCUCUCAUCGUCACGCAGAUCUCGAAGAAGCAGUUUGUCGUCACGCCGUCACCUGAAUUCUUCGUCGAGUACGGAGAGGCGGCUCGUGAGGCAAUGUGCGAACAACACAUUGAUCCAAUAUCUCGACGCCAAUCCGAACGAAUACGCAAGGAAUUUAGAAGCAUUUAUAUUCCACUUAGUGAUGACGACGAAGAACGGGACGGUGAACAGCAGGACGCCGCGGACAAAGCUGACUUGGCUGCGGCGGAUGCUUUUACGGAACUGAUGGCGGCCUUCCGCGAAGAAAUCCCUCGUUUCGAGCGAGUGGUGAGCGCGGUGUGCGACCUCGACGUUUUACAGAGCUUUGCCACAUCCUGCUCGUCGUCGAGAAGCGCUGUCGGUUUCACGCGUCCAAAAUUCGUCAACUCUGCGUCCAACGUCUUGGAGCUCACCCGAAGCUGGCAUCCGCUUAUCAAACCAAGCAUCGUGAACAACGCCAAGGGGAUCACGCGCGAGUGCGGAAUCGUUGAUAACGACGUGUCAUUGAACAUACCUUUUAUGCUUCUGACUGGCCCGAACAUGUCAGGAAAGAGCUCGUUCCUUCGGCAAAUUGCAGUUACAGUCAUCAUGGCGCAGAUGGGAUGCCUUGUCCCCGCAGCAUCUUGCGAGCUCAGCGUUACCGACUCAAUCAUGACUCGAAUCGGUGGUGAUGAUAACUUGGCGAACGGUGUAAGUACUUUUCUGAACGAAAUGCACGGCGCGGCGAAAAUAAUGAAAGAUUUGACUCCCAGCACGCUCGUAAUCCUUGACGAGUUGGGGCGAGGCACGUCAACUCUGGAUGGCUACGCGAUUGCUUUCGCAGUCUCGCUUCGACUGAUCGAAGGCGUAGUAAAGCCUCGUGUGCUGUUCGCAACGCACUACCACCGUCUCGGUGACGACCUUUCUCGUCAGGUAGAAGCUGAAAAAGCUUUCAUCUUGCGCCACGUGGGCGUACAAAGUCUCGGAGGAACGCUGCGCAUGAUGUACACUCUUGAAAGCGGACCAGCGCCGCUGGGUUCUUGUGCUCUACACGUGGCGAGAAUUGCUGGCUUCCCUCCGGGAAUCCUGACGCGUGCGUCGCACGUCGCCCAAACUGUGAACUUUUCAGGCAAAGAUAAGACGGGCGCCGCAUCCAGCUACGAACCUCCAGAGUUUCUGCUGACGAACGAUGAGCACGUGAGUCUCGCUCGUCUUAUUGCCGACCCCGCGCUCGUGGGCGACUCCGAGGCUCUCGGAAACGGUAUCGCCUGGGCAAGGAGCUUUUAUACUCUCUGGUGCAAGUGCCACGAUUUGGCGCUUCGAUCGAACGAGCCGUGA